AUGACUCAAGACUUUAACUGGAAUCUCCUAGGACUUAAUAAACGAGAAUUCACUGCCUACGCAAAUCUUCUUGCACUUCGAAACGAUGGACAAGUUGAGCCAGUCUCCUUGGGCACGGAGCUGUCUGACAAGAACGAGUCUACUACCGACAGCGAUGCGAUUAGUGUAGACACAAGCUACCGUGACCAAAUUUCAGAUUCAGCAUAUAAUCAAUUGAAGACAAAGUUCCUGGAUUGCCUGGCGGAAUUGACUGCCAAUAGGAAAGGCGGCAAAUAUGUUGCAUGUUCCAGUAUGAUGGAGGGCGAGGAGAAUGUGACACUUUGGAUCACCCGAAAUGGAGGCUUUCAGAUUGUGGACAAUAUUUUCUUUGAGAAGUUAAGCAAGCGUCUAAGUGGCUUGUUCCACGGAAAAGACUUGCCGAACCGAAUAGUCGAGGAGGUGUUUUGGAAUGAAAUGUUGGCGUAUUAUGAAGACCGUCUCGAAGAAACUUAUAUUCCGAACCUGAGGCUGAGCCUCAAGAGUUGCAACACCACAUUAAACGAUGACAAUAACGACAAGCUAGCUACAGCACGUAACGAACUUUUGGUUCUUCAAAAUCAGACCUUUGCUAGGCUAGAGGCGGGUCAGAGGUUGAUCGACAGACAUGGCACGCUUGUCACAAAAGCAUAUGAACUACGAAAGAGCAAAGUCGUCGAGGAGCUUCUCCAAACAUCUCCGAAGUCUACGAAACGGACUGGGGGACUAUGGAAUGAUAUUUGUUUUCUCGGUAGGCUUCGGGUCAUACUUGAGAAGUUCAAAGAGGUUUCUCUCAAGCUCCCAAGUUUCAGCAAUGUCACCAUAAUCCCAGUGACCGGUGAUAGGAUACCGCAAAAGGCGCUCAAGGAUGCACUCAAGCUAAGAGAUACCUUGAAUCUCCUUGAUCUACCGACCGACACCUUGACAGUCGAAACUGUGAUCGGGCCAAGCUGGACUGUUGCCAAGGCUGAGCGGGAGUACGGGAAGUUGCAAAAGCAGGCACUUAACAUACAUGCUGAGAUUCAAAUGAUUCUGUUCUUGAGUAAGAAUGAGCGGUUAUUGGAUCAAUCAUUCGCCUAUUUUGGUUGCAGCAAGUAUAGCUGUUUCAUGUGCUCGCGUUUCCUCAAAGCAUAUGGCAAAAUUGGUACAAGAGGUUGCCAUGGACGACUAUUCAAACCCUGGACGGUACCCGAGGUAACAGGACUAGCUUCUAGCCAGGCGGAUAAAGUAGCCAAAUCAUUGGUACAAGUGCAAAAGGACAUUGAGAAAGAAUUGAAGUCAGACUUUCACAAAGCAGUACGACUUGAAAAAACGUCUGUUGUUGGUGGAAGCAGCAUAUUCAGUGACCACAAGGCUGAAAAUUCAGGUAAGCACCUGGUAAUAGAGCGAAGAAAAAAGAAAAUGGAGCAAGAAAGAGUUGCUGGGCUAUUCAAUAGAUUAUCGGUAGGAAAGAGUGAUACCGCUUCCCCGAAGCCUACCUGGGGAAAUCUGUCAGACGGCACAUUGGUAGAGUCAGAAGAACUUGGUGAAUGCAACACCUGUGACAUCGCGACAUCGCGACUGUGCAGUAUCUGUAAUAUAGAUUUCUAUUGCAGUGAAUCAUGCAAAACCAGAACACACGGGUCGCAUGUGUUCACAAAUAUAUCUGAGGAUACCAUUCCUGAUGAGGAGGAAGUGCUUGAGGAUUUUGGUUUCAAUCAUCUGUCGUCAUUUGCCGAUCGAUCUAAUCUUUUGGGGCUGUAUAAGGGGUUGUGGCUCGGCGGUGUCCCAGUCGAAGACAUUCACAGAUGGCAAGUUGAGAGUACCCUUAUUGCUAACAUCAAAAAGCACUUCUAUCAAAUCAGCGAAGCUAACCGAGGGGGGUAUUUUCCGUGGUUUCUGGACAAUCUACAUAUUUUAAAGAAACCAUUAUCUCAAGAGGAGUCAACUCAGAAUCUGCUAGCCACAUUUUACGACCAAGCCCGAGUUUAUUUGGAUAAAGAAGACCAGCAUAAACAGCCAAGUCAAUUAGAACCCGAGGCCAAGAUGCAAUGCUAUGAACUUCUAGCUAUGGCUCUUCAUAUGAUGCUUCCAAAUCCAAUCCAAACGAACUGGUACAACUUUGGCUUUUGCACUUGCAAUGGCGAGCGAGAGGAAAGCGCGCUUGGAGUGCUCUAUGCACGAUUACUACUCGGGAAUGAACUUCUUGGGGGCCUUCGAGGCAAUACCCAACACUUGUUCUAUGGUCCGGCGCCGCCAACAGCUACCUUUGCGGAAUUCUGGCAUGCGUACGAGUCUGGUACAUUAAUCGAACUCAUAGACUCCAAAGGUCUGACAAAAAUGCGAUCAGAAUUCAAGUUCCUGGAACGGUUUCUAUCGGGAUCACCCUCCGGACCACAACCUUCAGUCUGGUCUUUGAAACAGUGCGUAGCCAUUAACAAUCUCGCCGAGUUUCCACCAAACGCAACAAUACAAGUGGAUUAUGGGUUCAUGAAUUGCCAGACCUUCGAAGAAAUCUGCAUUCUGUUGGAGAUUUACAAGAGACUUCUGAGAGAGGUAAAUCCGCUAGAACUUCACGAAGCUUGUUUGGCCGGUAAACUCUUUGAGUUUGCGGAAUCAUAUCAUGAUAUGGAUGAGGGUCAUAGGAUGAUGAUGAGGAAUCCAUACCCUUUGCGACGGAAGUGA